AUGUCGUCAAAGGAGGCGCCGAUCAGGAGGAUCAUGAAGGAGGGGGAGGGGGUGGGGACGGGGCCGGAGUUUGCGGUGCGGUACCGGAUGGGGGAGGAGGUGGGGCGGGGGGAGUUCGGGGUGACGCGGCGGUGCGAGGAGGCGGCGACGGGGGCGGCGCUGGCGUGCAAGACGAUAUCGAAGGGGCGGCUGAGGGGGCGGACGGCGGCGGAGGACGUGCGGCGGGAGGUGGAGAUCAUGCGCCGGCUGCCCGCCCACCCGAACGUGGUGCGGCUGCGCGGCGCCUACGAGGACGCCGACGCCGUCCACCUCGUCAUGGAGCUCUGCCAGGGCGGCGAGCUCUUCGACCGCAUCGUCGCCCGCGGCCACUACUCCGAGCGCGCCGCCGCCGCCGUCGCCAACACCAUCGUCCAGGUCGUCCAGCACUGCCAUAAGCAUGGAGUGAUCCACAGGGACUUGAAGCCGGAGAACUUCUUGUUUGCGGAUAAGUCCGAGGAUUCUGCGCUCAAAGUGAUCGAUUUCGGCCUUUCGGUGUUCUUCAAACCUGGCGAACGCUUCACCGAAGUCGUCGGAAGUCCCUAUUACAUGGCCCCAGAAGUUCUGAAAAGGAAUUACGGACCCGAGGUUGAUGUUUGGAGCGCCGGCGUUAUUCUCUACAUCUUGCUAUGCGGCGUACCGCCUUUUUGGGCAGAGACUGACGAGGGCAUUGCGCAGGCAAUUAUCCGAUCCGUAAUCGAUUUCGAAAGGGAGCCGUGGCCCAAGGUCUCGGAGAAUGCUAAAGAUCUCGUAAGGCGCAUGCUCGAUCCUAAUCCUUAUACUCGCCUAACCGCUAAGGAGGUUCUCGAACAUCCUUGGCUCAAGAAUGCAAACAUGGCUCCGAAUAUUUCACUCGGAGAGGCUGUUAGAGACAGACUAAAGCAAUUCUCUGCGAUGAACAAGUUCAAGAAGAAAGUCCUACGAGUGGUAGCUAAGAAUCUGCCUGUGGAAGAGGUGGCCAACAUCAAGCAGAUGUUCCACAUGAUGGACACCGAUAAAAACGGAAACCUCACGCUCGAAGAGCUCAAAGAGGGCCUCCAAAAUAUCGGGCAGCCCGUCACAGAACCAGAUGUUCAGAUGUUAUUGGAGGCAGCCGACACAGAUGGAAAUGGUACUCUCGACUGUGAGGAGUUUGUGACCGUCUCUGUUCACCUUAAGAAGAUCGGAAGCGAGGAGCACCUAACCAAGGCAUUCGAAUUCUUCGACAAGGACGGUAGCGGUUUUAUCGAGAUGGAAGAGUUGAGGGAAGCUUUAGUCGAGGGUGAUCUUGGCCCUAAUGAUCAAGUGAUCCGAGAGAUCAUCUCCGACGUCGACAAAGACAAGGACGGCCGAAUUAGCUACCACGAAUUUGAGCUGAUGAUGAAAGCUGGAUCGGACUGGAGGAAUGCUUCGCGGCAGUACUCGCGGGCUGUCCUGAAUACCCUCAGUCGGAAAUUGUUCAAAGAUGGCUCUACCCUGCACCAGGAAUAGCAGGAAAGAGAAGAAAAAUCUUUUAGUUGAAAAGGCAGCCUGAGUUAAAAACCACAAUGAGAAUACAUUCAUCAACAAGCUCUCCAAAAUCUUUCUUGAUUAUUAUACCUGUCUAAUCUCUUUGCGCUUCGCCUCCCUGUUUUUCCUUCCUCUCAUAUGUAAUAUCUAUCGAGUUAUGUACCGAAUUGAUUAUUUUCUGCGCGCAUGAUUAUGUAUCUGAAGUGAGCUCUCCACCAUAUGUAUGAAUUAUGACAUAUCUGUUGCUUUUUUUCA